AUGGAGGCGUGGGGAAGGGUUAUCCGGGGGUUACAAGCGGUGGACGUGCAUCUGCACGGCAUGCGCAUGGCUCUGGACACAGGGCAGAUCAAGGAGUCCCCUCUUGCUCUCUUACACGAGCUCCGCCCGCCCCUUGUGCUGCUUGCUCGCUCUGUGGGCCUCACGCACGCGUCAAGCCUGGUGGCAUCGCAGUUCUUCCUCUUCAACGCGCGCCAGAUGGCUCUUCAGCUCCUGCACCUUGCCUCCGACUGCUGCUGCCGCCACUGCCGCUCUGCCAACGCCGCCGCUGCUGCUGCUGCUGGUGCUGCUGCUGCUGCGGCUGCUGGUGGUGGUGCUGCUGGUACUGCUGCCACACGUUUCCUCCUCACCUCCCUCUCUGCAUCCUUCUCUUCUGAAAACGCCCUACCGCGAGCAAUCGCCUCCUUCAAAGUCACCCUCGCUAUAGUCACAUCGGCCCUUCUGGGUGGCCUAGUCUCCCCCACAUUCGACUUCUGGGCGGCAGUCACUGUAGCGUUCGUUUCAGGGGGGUACCAGGGCGGGUCGUUUAAAGCCUCUAUGCUGAGACUGCAGGGGACAGUGGCAGGGGCUGUGUUUGGGUACCUGCUAGUUCCUCUUACUACGGAUCGCAUGGCGCUGCUGCUGGUUUCGCUGGCUGUGUGGGUGUUUUUUACUGCGUUUGCGCGGACGAGUAAAGAGUAUGGGUAUGCAGGGGUGGUUGCGGCGUUCACUGCUGCAAUUAUCAUGCUGGGGUAUCCGGCUCUCAACAGCCCUCUUCCUCCUGCCCUUUCUCCCUCGUCCCCGCCGCCCUCCCCUCCCUCCUCCUCUGUCUCCCUCUCCGACUUAACAGUCGAGCACUACGCUUUAUUGAGAAUCACAGAGACGUGCAUUGGUCUCGUGUCUGUGAUACUUAUAGAACUUCUAGUCCUCCCCACGCGUGCUGCGGCUCUGGCUCGGGCCGAGCUUGUCGCCAACAUCACUCGCUGCCGUGUCUGUGCUGCCACGGUUGCCUGGUCCUACUUCGGCGGGACGUUCGGCGGAAGGCUCGGCGGGAGGUUCGGCGACGGGCCGGGUGGGGUGGGCGGUGGUAGGGAGGUGGGGAGGUAUGGUGGCAGGUCGAGCUGGGCAGGGUGGUUCGGAAGGUGGUUCGGGAGAAGGGGUAAGGGUGGCAGAGGGGGGGAGGGAGGGAGAGGGGGAGACGGUGGGGGAAGAAGAGGAAGUGGAGUGGAUGAUGAGAGGAGGGAGAGGAGAGGGAGUGAGGGAUGCGAGAGGGGAGCUGUAGGAAAGGCCAAGCACGCGCCUGCAUCAGCUGACAAAAAAGCUGGCUAUUCUGUUGAGAUGGGUCAGAGGGGUGGGCAGGCAGAGGUGACUCUUGAAUCGGCUCAGAGGGCAGAGGGUGGGGUAACGGGGAUGGAUGGAGGAGUAGAGAGCGGUGCAGUGCAGAUGAACGGAGGGAGGGGGAAUUUGGCAGAUGUUUUGGACUCUGUGGGUGAGCCUGUGGGUGGGUCCGCGGGUGAGCCUGUGAGUGGGCCUGUGAGUGGGCCUGUGGGUAGGUCUGUGGCUGUGUGUAUACCAGCGUCACAUGGGGAUGCGUGGGAAGGGGAUGGGGAUGUUGGGAGCGAGAGUAGAGGUAGGGAGAGGCAGCAGCAGGAGGAGCAGGAGCAGCAGGAGGGGCAGGAGGGGGAAGUGGAGCGGAUUGAUUCUGCUGCGGAUCUGCUAGGGCGUGAGAGGGGAGGGGCAGAAGAGGGGGCAAGGCAGAGGGCGAGGAGGAGGAGUGGGAGAGGAGGCAGGGAGGAGAGGGAACGGAGAGGAGGGCUUGCAGGGAGGAGGCAGUGGUUAGCUGCUGCAGGGGGGAGUGGCGGGCAGGGGAAUCGGCAGGGGCAAUGGCAGUGGCCUUGGAUGCGGCUUUGGGAACCGCAGGUAUCAAAGCAGCAGGGACAAACGCAACAGCCACAGCAACGGCAUCAGCAGCAGCAGGAGGAGGAAGAAGAAAGGGUGAUGACAAAGAGCAGGGAGUCGGAGCAUGAGAGGGAGGAGAGGCGGCGCAGGGAGAAAGCCGGGGCAGUAAAACGAGUGGCAGAGUUACAAGCUGCCGUGGCUGCGAGCAUGGCUCGGCAGCAGGUGCUGCUCGACGAAGCUACCACCGAGCCUGCGCUCUGGCACGCUCCGUUCCCCGAGCCUGCGUAUAAGCGGCUGCUGGCGAGUCAGCAGAGGAUGCACCAGUUGCUUUACUUUAUGGAUUGCAGCUUGAGGGCUGUGGCGUCUGUGGAAGGGAGGGAGAGGGAGGAGAGGAGGGAGAGGGAGAUGGAGGUUGCGAGGGAGGGAUGGAGGGUUCUUGAGGAGGAGAGGGCGCGAGGGAGAGAGGGGGAGAGGGAGGGGGAAGGAGAAAGUGGGGUGGCGCAAGUGGAAGCGGGGGGAAGGGGAGAAGGGGGAGAAGGUGGGGUGGAGGGCGGAGUGGGAGCAGAAAGUGGAGUGGGCGCAGACAGAGGCAACACGGUGGGGGGAGCAGUGGGAGAUGGAGUGGGGGAAGCCUUGGGGGGCGCAGUGGGCGGAAGGGAGCUGGUAAGCAGCAGUGAACCGUUCCCAACGGUUGCAGCUAACAGAGAGACCAGUGCGGGUGGCAUGGGCACGGGUGGAGAAAUGGCAGACAUAAGCUAUGCAGGUUCCUCCGCACGCAUUGAGAUGCUUGAGGGGAGUCCCGGUGAGAGGAGCAGGGAGGGGGAGCGACUGGGAGAAGCAGCAGUGUCGCAUGGCGCGUUGGCAGUAGCAGGGGCGCCGAUUGCAACAGCAGCAACACCACCCAGCAGAUAUUUACCAGCAGGAAUAGGAGCAGGAAUGGGAGUGGGAGCAGGAGCAGGAGCGGGAACGGGAGCAGUGGGAAUGGGAGUGGGAGUGAAGGUGCUGCAUGGGAGACCUAGCGAAACAGGCAGGGAGGUGGAACGACUGGUACAGCCGCUGAGGGGAGCGUUGAGAGAGAUGGAGGAGGAAAUGGUGGUGGCUCUGUGGUGUGUGGAGCGUGCUCUAGUGUGGGGCCAUGGCAGCUGGACUGGUGUUGUGGGGGGAGAGGAUUGGGAAGAGGCGUGGGAGGAGGAGUGGGAGGAUGGGGAGGAUGGGGAGGAUGGGGAGGAGGAGGAGUGGAAUGGGGAGGUGAGGCGGGAGGGGAGGGAAGGCAGCUGGGAUGGGAGGCAGCCGUUGGGGGGUGCGAGGGGGGCAGGGAGAGGAGUGGAGAGCGAGGGCGAAGGAAAGAAAGGUGAGGAAGGAGAGGGGUUUGGGAGGAGUGAGAAGGAGUGGGGGGUGGGAGGGAGUAGUGGGGAAGGGGUGGGGGGUGAAGCGCAUCCAAAGAGGCUCGUGUGGAGGGUAGGGAGCGAGGAUUCUGAUGAGGAGGAGGAGGGAAACGAUGAGAGGAAGGGAAGAAAGGAGGGGAAGGAGGAGGAGGUGGAGAAGGAGGAGAAGAAUGUGAAUGAGGAGGAGAGACAGUGGCAGCAGCAGGGCGGGCAGGAGGGCAGCAGUAGAGGGUGGAGUAGAAGAGGGAGUGGCGGCAGGAGAGUGAGUUUUGGGGGCAAUCAGAGCACCAGAUUGGGUGGAGAAUCAGGAGAAGCAGGAGAAAGGGGUGAAGGGGAUGGCAGGACGAGAGUUAGGAGGAGAUGGAGCGAGCCUGUAGCAGAGCGAGGAACGGCAGGAGUGGGAGGCGCGUCAGGAGUGAGUCCAGGUGCAGGAGGGAGUGUGAGUGAGAGUGGGAGUGGGAGAGUGAGUGGGAGAGGAGAGAGAAAGGCACGUUGGACGGUAGGUGGGGGCGUGGAAGCCCACAGCGACACCCACACCCACCCCGAGUCCCACCCCGACUCCCACCCUCUCCGCCACCUCCCUGCCCACAACCACAAGAUACAAUGGCUGCUUCCCUCUCUAGCCUCCGCCCUCCCAUCCCUCCCGCCGCUCCCAGCCGUUCCCACUCCCCACCGCCGCUCCCUCCCUUUGCUGCACCGCCGGCAGCAGCAACAGCACCACCACCAGAGCUUCGGGGGUUUCCGCAGCUGGCGCUGGCGCGUGGGGGCGUUUCAAGGAGGCAUGGGGGAUGAGGUGGGGGGCAGUGUUAGGCCGCUGCUGGCAGAGGAUGGGAGUGGGAGAGGGGAAGGGAGGGGGGAGGGGAGAGGGGAAGGGAGUGGGGAGGAUAGAAAGGAGGAGAGGGUUGAGGGAAGCAGGGAGGAGAGAGAGGGGGAGGAAAGCAACCGUGUAGUGGAUUCAGCAGUAAGGGUGAGCGUAGAGGGGACUGAUGCGACGACUCAGGAGGGGAGGAGUGGGCGGGGUGAAACAACUCAAAACACUCGUCAUCGCGAUGAAUCGACGCCAUGUACUGGCACAAGGAGAGCGGUGGCGGGAGCACACGGCACCACCACUAGGGGCAGGCGGGCGGGGCGGAAGCGAGCAAUGGAGGGGUUCGAGCGCGAGUACAACGACGUACUCGACGGGCCUGAUGCGGAUUUUGAGGCGCCUCAAAAGUCGUCUCAAAAGUACAACCACGUACUGGACGGGCCUGAUGCGGCGGCAGCAGGACAUGGCACCAACACAAGAGGCAGGCGGGCGGGGAGGAAGCGAGCAAUGGAGGGCUUCGUGCGCGAGUACAACCACGUAUUAGACGUGCUGAUAGCGAGUAAGAGGCAGCACCCGGCGGAGAGCAUAGUGCGGAACUCGGCGAUGCUGUCGUUCAACUCGCUGGUGUUCAGCAUGCAGGCUCUCAUGGAGGAGAGCGAGGAGCUGGCCAGGAGUGCGAGGGAGAUGCUGCUGGUGGAGCAGCCGCUGGACGUGGGCCACAUGGCGGCGAUCCGGUUCACGUGA